GGAGGAGGCAGCAGCAGACGAAAUUCAUCUUGCACGUGUGCAUCGUGUUGUGAGGUUUUGACAAUUUGAUUUUCCAGGUUUCAAUUUUAAGAUGACGCAUUACGAAAUUGGCUCAGUAGCUAAUUUUGUUAGCCAGAAAUUGGACGAAUCUACUCAGAAGACAUCAUUGCAGAAAAAUCAAAAAGUGCUCGAUCAACUCUUUGCCAGUUCAAAUGCUGUUACAAAUGUAGUCGUAGCAAACGUCCCCAUACCCAAGGAAGAAGUAAAAAAGGUGAAGAAGAAGAAGAGACAGGCUGAUCAAUAUGCCAUUUCCAAUUUCCCAAGCACAAAAAAUACCAAAAGUAUCAAAGAUCUUGAUGAAGAUGAAGUGGAGAAAAUUUUGGAUCCUGGACCCGAAGAUGACGAUGACAUGGAGAUGGAAGAAGAAGAUGAGUCUGACAAGGUUAGCCGCAAGUUAAAAAAGAAUGAGCUCAAGAACGUCAAGAAGAAUUUGGAAAAAAAAGGAGAGUCGAAGGAAGACGGGGACAGGGUGGUUUUGGUGAAAAAUCUGCCCAUCAAAAUCAAGAGGAGAACUGUUCACCAUUUUUUUGCCAAAUGUGGGAAAAUCAAUGCUGUUUGGCUGAGAUGUGCUGCAUUGGCUGACCCUGCCAUGCCAAAGAAGGUGGCUGUCAUCAAACAAGAAUUUCAUCCCAAUCGACAAUCCAUCUCGGCUUUUGUUCGAUUCGAAACCAAUGAAGCUGCUCAAGCUGCAGUUGCCAUGACUGGUUGUGAAUUUCAAGAAAAUCACAUUGCCGUCAGCCUCCUUUCAGAUUCAAACAUUAAGAAGCAACUCAGCCUAGGCAUCUUCGUAGGCAACUUGACUUUUGAUGUUACAGAUGAAGCUCUCUGGCUUCAUUUUGGAGAAUGCGGUAAAAUUAGUGACGUUCGAAUUAUCCGUGAUCGAGUCAACGGAAUGGGAAAAGGGUUCGGUUAUGUCAAUUUUGAAAGUGCUGAUUCAGUGGAAUUGGCAUUGAAACUUGACCAGUCGCUGUUAAACGAUCGACCAAUUCGAGUGUCUCGAUGCAAGAAGAACCCCAAACCCUUCAAAACUGAAGAAAAGAAACCUGGCAAAGAAAGAGAAGAUGGCAAAGAAUCGGGUGCUUAUAAGCGAAUCAAACACAAAGAAUCGCAAGAAGAACGAAAGAAAGGCGCCGGCUGGAUCAGCAAAAUGAAGAAACGCAAUAAAGAAUCGUACCACAAACCAGCUAAAGUCAAUUCGUUUGCCGGAGAAACGACUGGUAACGACAGUGCCAAGGUCGUAAAAACUGGCAAAAUAGUAAAAAGAAAUAAGGAGGAGCAGCGCAAGAAAAUAAUUGCCGCCAAAUUGGCUUUCGUUAACAAAAAGAAGUAAUCAGAAUAAUAAUAAAAAACGACGUUUCUCUUCUCGAA